GCAACGCAGCUUGCUUUUACUAACGCCAGCUAUACGUACCUUUUAGCGGUCGCCUAACCAUUUCGCCAUCAGUCCAAAGCUCAGUCCCAGCUCGCAACUCAGCACCGGCCGCGAAUAGCAGGAUGAGCUGGCUGGCUCUGCAGCUGCUACACGCAUUCAUCUUCAUCGCGCCUUGACGCAUCUGCGCCUCCACCCACCUCGCUUCUCGAUAGUCGUCUCUCGCAGUCUUCAGCUAUUGCUUGCGCAGGCCCCACGUGGGGCAAUUCGUCGUCAACAUGUUCGAGAAGUCGCUAUACGACCUCAUUCGAGGUCUGCGCAACCACAAGGGCAAUGAGAAGGAAUACAUCCAGAAAACCCUCAAGGAGUGCCGCGCGGAGGUUCGCAGCCAGGACAUGGACCUCAAAGCUACGGCUCUUCUCAAGCUCAUAUACCUGGAAAUGUUUGGCCACGACAUGUCAUGGGCCUCCUUUCAUGUCCUUGAGGUCAUGUCCUCGCCAAAGUAUCACCAGAAGAGGGUGGGAUACCUGGGCGCUGUGCAGAGCUUUCGGCAGGAUACUGAGGUGCUCAUGCUGGCAACCAAUCUUCUGAAAAAGGAUUUGGCCGCCACCACGCCAACAAUUAUAUCCCUUCCGAUUGCAACGCUUCCCCACGUCAUUACUCCCUCUCUGGCGCUCUCGACCCUUGCCGAUUUGCUACCACGCUUGAACCAUAGCCAUUCGAACAUUCGCAAGAAGACGCUUGUCACAUUAUAUCGACUCGCUCUUGUAUACCCCGAGGCUCUGCGUGCCGCUUGGCCAAAGAUCAAAGAUCGCCUAAUGGACCCCGACGAAGAUCCGAGUGUUACAGCUGCCAUUGUAAACGUUGUUUGUGAACUCGGUUGGCGAAGACCACACGAUUUCCUUCCUCUGGCACCACGGCUCUUCGAGCUGUUGGUGGACGGGGGUAAUAACUGGAUGGCAAUCAAGCUCAUCAAGCUGUUUGCAACAUUAACACCUCUUGAACCUCGUCUUGUUCGAAAACUACUGCCUCCUCUUACGAACAUAAUUCGGACCACUCCAGCAAUGUCGUUAUUGUACGAGUGUAUAAACGGUAUCAUCCAGGGAGGCAUCUUGGACAACACAGAUGAUGUUGCAGGAGCAGAUGAAAUUGCAACACUGUGUGUCAAUAAGCUACGAGGAAUGAUUAUGAUGAAUGGCGACGCCAACCUAAAAUAUGUUGCCCUGCUGGCCUUCAACAAGAUUGUUCUUACACAUCCACAUCUGGUCUCUCAGCAAGAAGAUGUCAUUUUGGAGUGUAUUGAUAGCUCUGACAUCACAAUCCGUGUUCAAGCUCUUAAUCUUGUAAAGGGCAUGGUUACCAGCGACAACUUAGUCCUCGUAGUGAGCCGCUUGAUGAAGCAGCUUAAGUCGUCGUUGCCGUCCAAAGAUCGGCGCCUUCCAGGAAGCUCAGCCAUCACUCCAGAGACCGAAUCAGAUGAUGAAUCACAAACUGCAAUCAUAGCGCCAACUACUCAAGAAACUCAAACUGUCCUUCUUCCCGACGACUACCGAAUAGACAUUAUCGAGAGAAUCCUAUUCAUGUGCUCCAAAGACAACUAUUCGAGUGUACUGGAUUUCGACUGGUACAUCGACGUGCUAACGCAACUUGUUCGUAUGGCGCCUGUCCCUCGAACAUUUGACGCAGACACAGGAGCGGCACUGCCGAUACGGCAACAAGUUGAUGUUUCUGAAAAGAUAGGAGACGAACUGCGUAAUGUCGCUGUCAAAGUGAGAGCAAUGAGGGCCACUGCAGUCAGAGCGGCCGACAUCAUUCUCGAUCAGCUGCUCUCCGAUAAUCCAGCCGGGCAUCCGCUCAAUUCGGGAGCUUUGAAGUCGGCUAUAUGGAUCAUUGGUGAAUACUCUGUUCAGCUGGCCAUACCAGACGACAGUCUCAACGGACUUCUUCAGGCGAUUCCAAGAAUCGGGAAGCCGGAGAUAUCAGCGGUAGCCCUCCACGCUACUGCCAAAGUGUUCUCAUCCAUUGCGGGCAGCGAACUCGAGCCUUGGACCUCAGAAAGGAAAUCAAGGAUAUCGCUCCUUUUGGCCCGCAUAUUAGACGUAUUAGAACCGCUUGCUCUUCAUCCGAGUCUGGAAGUACAAGAGCGAGCGGUAGAAUACAUAGAAUUACUCAAGCUGACUGCGGAAGCUGCUUCGGGACAGCCCGCUUCAACGGGUGAAAACGACCAGGAGCCACCUCUGCUUCUAACACAAGCUAUUCCAUCCUUGUUUAGCGGCUGGGAGCUCAACUCAGUUGCUGUUAAUGCACAGAAAAACGUACCCCUUCUUGAGGGCUUGGAUCUAGAUGAACCAAUAAACGGCAACUUGAAUCGACUUUUAUUCCAGACUGACAUCAUUACACUCCAGUCUGAUGAGGCUGAUGAUUUUGAAGUUUACUAUCAUCAGCGACCACCGCCUUCGAGCAUAUCAUCUUCAGCACCAGCCAUUAGUAGAUUAGCUGAUCCAGGUGAUGAUAUGGCAAGUUCCUACCAACAACUCAGCGAAGAGAGCUACCUGGACGCAGACAUUCUCGCGAAAAGGAAGGCAGAAAGGAUGGAAAAGAAUAAAGACGACCCCUUCUACAUCCCGAGCGAUAACAUUCUCAGGACAUCAACGCCCAUUCAUAAUAUCCUCCAAAAUAACAAUGGUCCCGAUUUGGAUAUUGACUCUAUCCCUGUCAUGCAGCUAGACCUCGAUAAAUUUGGCGGUAGCUCUCUCGCUGCACCAUCUCGACCGCAGCCACGACCACGGCAGAGAGUGCUUGUGGCUGCAGAUGAAACGAUAGAGGGGGGCGACAGCGGCACAGGGCGACAGAAUGACUCAGAAAAUGGUUCUAGUAACCUCGCCAAGGCAAAAUCCAAGAAAUCAAAACAGCACUCCCUCUUACAGGUCGAUUCCAGCACUAUUGGAUCCUUCAGCCUGGAAGAGGGCGAUGGCUCUAAAGGAUUUGACUACGAGAGGCAACAGCGGGAAGAGGCAGAAAUGCAGCAGGCCAUGAAGGAGGUGGAACGUCUACGGCUGGAAAUGCAGCGAGCUAAUGAAAGGAUCCAGAUGGCUCAGGGGGCGGAGGUGCAAGGUGUAGUCAUAACGAAGAAGAAGAAGAAGAAGGUCGUGUCGAAGAAGACUGCAGAGGGAGAGGAUGGGGAAGCUGCAACGAGCGUUAAGCCUAAGAAGAAGAAGAAGAAAGCAGUGGCACAGACGUCAGAAGGUGGCGAGCCUAGUGGCACAGCUGCGAAUACGCUGGAUGGUGCUCCAGUGAAAGUGGCUCCAAAGAAGAAGAAGAAGAAAGCCUCCCUCGUAGAGGCCGAAGCUGCAGGCUGAAGAUACUACUUUGCAUCACGCUUUUUUUAGAGAGAGUCGUAAAGAAGCAGGAGGCUCUGCUUCCUUCUGUUUAUCACUCGACAAAGUUUGUACAUAUGGAGGCAAUUUUAUAUAGAAAAAGGGGGAGCGGGGGCUUUGGCUUUCAAUAAACAGAAAAGUUGAGGUUGAAGCACCAUAUAUUUAUCAUUCUUGUUUUCCCAUCUCAUUUUAUAUCACUGACGAACACGUGUGGGG